UGCUCCCCUUCUUCUGAAACAAGCUAAUGUCCCCUUCACAUUGACUAGUAUGCCUCUGAAACAAAAUAUCAAUUAGCUUCUGCUAAAAGUUUGCAAUUUUAGCUGGAUAUAAAAGCCUUGUUUUGGUAACUACUUGAAGCCAUGCAGACAGAAUAAACCCUCUUAUUCCUACUUCCCUGUUAAACCAAUCAAAGUUGAAUCCAAACAACAUGUUUUCUCUUUCAAGAAUGCCUUCAACUACAGCAGUGUUAUCAGCAUACACCACUGUGACUGCCUCAGCAGUAUUAAUAAGAAUUUUACUAUAUGAAGUUCAAAAUAUGACCAAUCAGCUCUUACCAAGAAACCUGCAAGAGAAAUUUUUCUCAAAAAUUGGAUAUUUUGUGGGAAACCUCUCUUCCCAAAUGUGUCUUAUCAUUGAGGAAAACAAUGGCCUUAUCCUCAAUGAAGUCUUUGAAGCUUCUAAAUUGUACUUAGGCACUAUACAAAUCAGCCCUUCAACUCAAAGGCUCAAAAUUGCCAAGGCCGAAAAGGAAAAGAAAUUUUCAAUCAGUAUCAACAAGGAUGAGAAAAUCUUAGACACUUUUGAAGGUAUACAACUCAUUUGGGAAUUGAAAAUUGUUGAAACUCAAAGGACUACUUUUGAUUAUGAAGGCGGAGGCUUCUCCUCAGAAAACAUGGAACGAAAAUCGUUUGAACUUAGUUUCAACAAGGAGUACAAGGAAAUGGUCUUGAACUCCUAUUUGCCAUUCAUUCUCGAAAGAUCAAAAGCUAUAAAAGAAGAGAACAAGAUGGCAAUGUUACAAUUUAUUUUCCUUCUACUUUAUGAUUUGCAUAAAUGGUAGAAUAUUUACUUUCAUUUGACUCUAUAACAGGUAAUGCUCUCCACAUUAGGGAGCUACGGGGAGGGUGUCUAUCUUGACCAUCCAUCUACAUUUGAGACACUAGCAAUGGAUCCCAAGCUCAAGAAAGAGCUCGUGGAUGACUUAGAUAGAUUUGUUAAAAGAAGAGAUAAUUAUCGGAGAGUUGGCAAGGCUUGGAAACGCGGUUAUUUGUUGUAUGGACCUCCAGGAACAGGCAAACCUAGCUUGAUUGCAGCCAUGGCUAAUUAGCUUAAAUUUGACAUUUAUGAUAUGGAGCUUUCUGGUCUUCAAAGCAAUGCUGAUCUCAGAAGACAGUUAGUUUAUACCAAGAACAAAUCAAUUCUUGUGAUCGAGGACAUUGAUUGCAGUAUUGAACUGCGGAACAGAAAUGAUGCAGCAUAUAAGCAGAGUGAAAGCCAGGUACCAAAACAGUACUUUAACUUAUAUAUACACGGGAACUGCAAAGAAUUUUUAUGCUAUUGCUGUAGGUUAACUGCUUUAUUUUCUAAGUUACUAAUUUUGACAUAUUGUAGUAAGUUAACCACCUUACCUUUUUAGGUCACUAAUUCACUUAUUAUGCACG